CCCCCCGUGCAUUCCACAGCCAAGACCGAGCUCAUGGGUGAGAUCGAGAAGGACACCUACAUCGAGUACGUGGCUUCCGAUGCCUCUCGCGAGGCGUGGAAGUGCACACUGUGCAAGACCGCGGGCAAUGGUUUCUUCCGGUGCUACCGUCACGUCAAGGGUGCUGAUCACAAGGAAGCAGUGGCAGAGGUCGAAGCUGCAAAGGCGGUGGCUGAGGAAGCCGACAAGGAGGAAGCCGUUGCAAGGGAAGCUGCUGACGCUUGAUCUUCAAAUCAUGAUAGAAGCUACCAAUUUCUAUUCAACCCUUUAUCAAGCCAAGAACACAGAUAAAGAUGCUAAACGCGCUCAGUUUCUAAGACCAAUGGACGCGACCCUUUGCGAAUCGGACAAAAUCUUUUGUGAUCGGAUAGUAGAAAAGGA